AUGUUGCAGAAUCUACUUGUCAAGCAAGUGUAUGGUUCGUCUGAUGGAAACUGCUACGGACCCCUGUUAACAUUCACAACCUUACAUCUGAGAAAACCGACAAUUAUUCUUCUGUCUCGUAUACUAGACAUCACUCGUUUUGUCAUUGUCGGAGAAGAAGGACACGAUAACGAUACCGAUUCUGAUUACUUCAUUCCAAAAGGCGCGGUCACCGGAGAUGAUGUCCUUGACUACAUUUAUGCACGUCGUAGUCGUUAA